AUGAGCCUCAUUUGUUCUAUCAUCCUAUCAUUAUCCUCUAACCAUCAGAUACUAAUGGAUUCUUCCUCCUUUUUCAUUACCAUUUUUGUAGCUGUAGUGGGCUUCUUCGAGCUUUAUAGAAUACUCAGAUUUGAACAAGAAAACAAAGAAGACGAUAUUUUCUCUCCUUUCUCUUCUUCUUCUUCGUUAUGUCUAUCGUCACCUUCUUUGUCUCAGAACUGGACACAUGAUGUCUUUCCAAGCUUCCGUGGAGAAGAUGUCCGCAAAGACUUCUUAAGUCACGUCCAAAAAGGUUUUGAGAGAAAGGGAAUCAGACAGUUUAACGAUCAUGAGAUAGAGAGAGGAGAAUCCAUCUCUUCUCAACUUGUAAGGGCCAUCAGAGGUUCUAGAAUCGCGGUCGUCUUCUUCUCCAGGAACUAUGCUUCUUCUAAAUGGUGUCUGGAUGAACUGGUGGAGAUUAUGAAGUGCAGGCGAGAGUUUGGUCAAAUUGUGAUAGCCAUUUUCUACAAAGUGGAGCCGUGUGAUGUACGUAAGCAAACCGGAGACUUUGGAAAGGUCUUCAGAAAAACUUGUGUCGGUAAAACUAAAGAGGAAGUUAGGAGAUGGAGAGUAGCUUUGACACAAGUAGCCACAAUUGCUGGUUAUCAUUCAAACAACUGGGAUAAUGAAGCAGCCAUGGUCGAGAAUAUCGCAACUAAUGUUUCAAAAAAGCUGACUCAAGCAACUGAGUUCAACGACUUAGUUGGAAUGAGGGCUCACAUGGAAAACAUGAGACAAUUGUUAUGCCUACAUUUAGAUGAAGUGAGGAUGAUAGGCAUUUGGGGUCUUCCUGGGAGUGGUAAGAGCACAGUUACAAGAUUACUAUUUAACCAACUCUCUCAAAGAUUUGACGUGAGUCUCUAUAUCAAAGAUAUCAAAGCACUUUAUACAAGACCAGCUUGUUACGAUGCGGAGUUUAUGUCUCUACUAACAGACCAACAUGGUAACCAAGUUUUUAACCUAGGAGUUGAACGAGAGAGGCUGAAACACAAGAAAGUGCUUGUAGUUAUUGAUAACGUUGACAUGUCGGUACAGUUAGAUGCAAUGAUGAAGGAAAGUCAGUGGUUUGGUCCUGGAAGUAGGGUCGUAAUCGCAGUACAAGAUAGAAACGUUUUGGAGGCACAUAGGAUUGGUUAUAUCUAUAGAGUGGCUUUGCCACCAGAUUAUGAAGCUUUCCAAAUUUUUUGUAUGGCUGCUUUUGGUCAAAAGUUUCCUAAAGAAGGUUUUGAGGAUCUUGCAAGAAAAGUUUGUGAUAUUGCUGGUAGACUUCCUUUGAGGCUAAAAGUCAUGGGAUCCUAUUUCAGGGGAAUGUCCAAGCAGGAGUGGAUUGAUCUUAUUGAUCCAUUUUGAAAAUGAAAAACAUAUUAUUCAAAGCAACAGAAAGGGUUAAUUAGAUGAUUA